UUGUUUCUUCAAAUCAAAUCUUUCAUAUACAAAAAUCUUCUCAAUUUUGAACUUAGUAGUCUUCCUAAACUCAAAGAUAAUGGCACUUGAAGCUCUUAGUUCUCCAAGAUUAGCUUCUCCGAUGCCGACUCUGUUUCAAGAUUCAGCACUAGGGUUUCAUGGGAGCAAAGGCAAACGAUCUAAGCGCUCAAGAUCUGAAUUCGACCGUCAGAGUCUAAAGGAGGAUGAAUAUAUCGCUUUGUGUCUCAUGCUUCUUGCUCGCGACGGAGACCGAACCCGUGACCUUGACCUGCCUUCUUCUUCUGCUUCACCUCCUCUGCUUCCUCCUCUUCCUACUCCGAUCUACAAGUGUAGCGUCUGUGACAAGACGUUUUCGUCUUACCAGGCUCUUGGUGGACACAAGGCAAGCCACCGGAAAAGCUUUUCGCUUACUCAAUCAGCCGGAGGAGGAGGAGGAGAUGAGCCAUCGACGUCCUCGGCGAUAACCACGUCUGGUAUCUCCGGUGGCGGCGGUGGAAGUUUGAAAUCUCACGUUUGCUCCAUCUGUCAUAAAUCGUUCGCCACCGGCCAAGCUCUCGGCGGCCACAAACGGUGCCACUACGAAGGUAAAAGCGGCGGCGGCGGGAGCAGUAGCGUGUCUAAUUCUGAAGGAGGGUCCACAAGCCACGUCAGUAGCGGCCACCGUGGGUUUGACCUCAACAUACCGCCGAUACCGGAAUUCUCGAUGGUCAACGGAGACGAAGAGGUGAUGAGUCCCAUGCCGGUGAAGAAACUCCGGUUUGACUUCCCGGAGAAACCCUAAACAUACCUCUCUCUCUCUCUAGGAAAAACUUACAGAUUCAGUUUAUAGGAAAUUGUUUUACUGUACAUACAAAUUUCGAUUUUUAUUGAUGUUCUUCUUCAUUGAAAAAUGAUUCUUUCUUGUAUAAUAGAGAUGUUUCUAAAAAAAAAGUAGAACUUUU